GGCGACGAUCGCCAUGACAAACGCCGUGGACCCCAACGUCCGCUACUGGGCCGAGCUGGACCGCGAGGUGCGCGGGCUGAUGGACGGCGCCACCGCGGAGGAGGCGGAGCUCUCGUCGGACGAUGAGGGCGCUGCCGAGGGGCUGCUGGGCGGCGAGACGCUCAGCUGGAGCCGCGCGCGGCACUCGGGCGCGGUGUACGCCGAGGCGCCGCGCGCCGAGAGCCGGCCGGCCGCCGCGGGCGACGCCUUUCGCUCGCGCCUCGCGGCAGCCUUUGACGCGCUGCCCGCGCCGUCGGCGAUCGCUGCUGGCGGCGGCGCGGUGGGCGCGGCGGGCGAUCGCAUCGGCCCGGCCUUCUCGCGGCAGGCGCAGGGCCACUCGCUCGCCGAGCCAGAGAGCGUCUCGAGCUGGCAUGCGCUCGCCUCGCGCGAGGCGCGCGGGGAGGAGGAGCUCGCGGGGCCGUCUGCGGCGGGGAGCGGCCGCGGCGGCGGAGAGGAGGAGGACGAGGAGGGGGACAUUGCGAUGCUUGCGCGGCGGGCGGCGAUCGCCGCCGAGGACGGCGUCGGCGGGGGAGAGGAGGAGGAGGAGGAGGGGGAGGACGACGACGACGAUUGGGACGCGGGGUGGGACGACCCCGACGCCGCCGGGCGGCGCAAGGUCAGCCGCGGAGGUGGAGGCGGCGGCGGAGGCGAUGCCGCUGCCAGCUCGGACGACGUCGAGAUUGGCGAGUGGUCGACGCACACGGCGAGCUGGGCGCGCGACGCCGACGACUCCGACGAGGACGACGGCGCGGCAAGUGCGGGCGGAGGGGCGGCGGGGGCGGGCGGCGGGGCGGGCGGCGGCGGGGCGUUUGGCGGCCUGGACGACCUCGACGAGCUCGACGGAGGCGGGGACGACGGGAUGGACGACGGGAUGGACGUCUCCUCGCCGCCGCCGGCCGUCGCGGGCGAGAAGCGCGUCCGCUUUGGCGACGCCGCGGCGGCCGCUCCCUCGCCGUCGGCGGGGGCGCGGCGCGGCGCUGCGGCGGCGGCGGCGGCGGGCCGAAGGGAGGGCGUGGCGGGCGGGUCGCGCGCAGGGUACACGCACUACUCGCUGGCGGAGACGGAGGCGCACGGCGAGGAGAGCAACCGCGCCGGCCUCACGCAGGCGCGCGCGCUGCUGGGCGCCGCGGGCGGGGCAGACGCCGGCGCCGGCGAGGGAGCGGCUAGGGGAGCGGGUGCUCCUCCGGCCGAGGGCGGGCGCGAGGCGAGCUUUGGGCGGCGGGCGGCGGGCGGGGCCGGCGCGCGCAGCCGCCACGGGGGCGCGGCUCCGUCCGCCGGCGCCGGAGGAGGAGCGCGGGUGCGGCUCUCGCACUUGAUGGCCGGCGAUGAUGGCGCGUCCGAGCUGGACAGCCUGGACGAGUGAGCAGAGGGGAGGAGGCAGGUGAGGCGAGGCGGCGAGGGCGCGGGGCCCCUGCGGCGCGCAGGGCGGUGUGCACGGACGGUGCAGGGUCAGGGAGAGGGACGUGUGUGUGUCUUGAUCGUUGCACGAGCGCGUUGGGCGUUCUUAAGCGUUCGCGAUCGUGCAGCACCCACAGCACCGAUGUGACGCAGCUCGCCGCUCGAGUACCGGCUACCAGCUACGAGCUACCCCACACACUAUAUACAUGUAGAUCCCCCACA